CCAUGAUGCAUUUCGCCCUUGCCAUCUUGUCUAGUGGUUGGUUAGUAAAACGGCAGCCAGCUAGGAGUUAGCUGUCUGUUAGCUUACUGCCGCCGUGGUAUAGUGGUUAUCUGUCAGCUAGCUGCUAGUAGUAGCUGCCAAAGGUGAGCUGUCCACACGGCGAGAGUCUGACUUUGCCGAUUUUGAGACGUCUGCCCUGUACGCGGCUGGAUUAUACAUUGUCUUGAAAUUUGUUUACAUCAUGAUGUUGUACAUGCUGUUACCGAGGUAAGAAAAACCAGCGAACACGCUAACUUGGCUAAUUGGUGAGCCAUACAUAAUUAGGAGAGAGGAACGGACUUAGAGACCGGGCCCACCUCAGGCGAAAGUACUGGUGGCAACUGGUGAACAAAAACUUUGACAAAGGUCUGUUCGCAACUCCGCCGGCGGGGCACAGCGAAGGCCGGGUGUUGGAGAGGCCGGAGGAGGAGACAGUCUUUCAUCUCCGUGCUGUCAGCUGACAACGCGGGACAUUUCGGAAGUUUCGCAUGGUCCGGCCUUGGUUGUGACAUUUCUGGACAAGAGAGAGAGAAAGUGGAGCAGGAUGGAAAUGUCCUGUCACGGUACGUGCCUGUAUAACAUCCUUAAACUGUGAAUUACUUUGCAAGACAUUAGAGCAGCACUUCGUUUCACCUGGGAGCUGACAGACUUGACUCAGAUCGUUAACAUGUCAAAAAUGCCAGCAAAGAAAAAAAGUUGUUUCCAGAUCACAAGUGUCACACAGGCUCAGGUGGCAGCCAACAACAUCCCAGAUGACACAGAGAGCUUGGAGGAUCCGGACGAGUCCCGGACAGAGGACAUGUCAUCGGAAAUAUUUGACGUUUCUCGGGCAGAUCUUGGAUUGUGUGACAGGAGUUCAUCCGAUGAGGAAACCUUAAACAAUGGAGACGAGUCCUCAGAGGUGCAGCCUCACAUGGAUCCUGUUAAUGGAGGACUUCCUUAUAAAGGUACAGGCAGUGACUGUGUCACCCCACAUAACGCAGGAGGAAGGGUGUCCGUGCCUGCUACCGCUCAUUCUUUUGUUCCAAGCCCAACUAGCAACGCAGUUCCUACUGCCAUUGUAUCUUCAAAUGUGGCUUACACAGCUCCUGUGGGUACCAGUUGCAGUUCCCGUUUCAGGGUCAUUAAACUUGACCAUGGUACCGGAGAACCCUUCAGACGGGGAAGGUGGACAUGCACUGAGUUCUAUGACAAAGAUUCAGAUUCAAAUGUCAGUCGGACUGUGGAUAGCAUAAAGCCAACUUCAUCCAUUGAUCGUAGUCUUGACAGGGACAGUGGAUUAGGGGCCACGAGCAAUUGUCUCAUUAGCAGCAGCACUUUUUCUGCACAGGCUUUGGAGAACAUGGAUAGUGGCUACCCUGUAGAUAGUGGACACCCCUCCCACUCUUACCCCUCAGAGUCUCUGCAGCAAGGCUACAACUUGUCUCCUCAGAUAGGGAGCGGAGCAAGUGCCUUCAAGCCCACAGGGUAUACAACGUUAUCAUCACAGCUACCACAGGCUCAGGUUAAUAUGCAGCCUGUUGCUCCUCAGACCUUCCUCUCUAACAGCCUCAAUGGUGUACACCAGGGUGCCAUGCAACAGAAGUCUCCCAUUAUACCACCCACCACGCAGGCUCAGCCGUUUGCGUAUUCUACUCAUCCUGACUAUCAGCUCCAUUUCGGCUCAAACACUCAGAACCUUCCUAUGACUUCCCUUGCUGCAGGGCCUCCAGCCUACCAGGUACCCUUACCUCUUCCCCCUGCUGGUCCAGGAGCACAGGGGCUGAGUGGAGAGGCAGCCAUGGCCUUCCUUCCAGGAAGUGGACAACAGCAGCCAGUCAGCGAGACUCAGCCUUCAGGAGGGUUAGACAUUGCUCCUGCACCUUCCGUCACCAAUGCCACUUCCCACAGUGGUGGUCAGAAUGUGCCUGCCACAGUGCCCAGUUCAACCAACCACCCUCCAGCUGUUCCAGGUCAGUUGCUUGGUACAGGAGGACAUGUCCAGUUCCAGGGGGCUCAUGGAGGAACUGCAACAGGCUUUUCUCUUGACUUUGUCAAGACUGAUGAUAGUAGGCAAAAGACUGAUGCUCUACCUCAGCACACUGUCCGCAUCCUGCCUGGGAAAGAUGGUGUAAAGCCUCUGAUCGGCGAAGGCCUCAACUUGCCAACACCUACUGUCAACAGCCUGUUUGGCAUCAGUAUUACCAUGGAUGUGGAUGAUGACAGGAUCCCCAUUUGAAGCAUAUUCGAAUACUCAUAUUCGAAGCGAACCAGAACUACUGCAGUGGAAACAGACCAAACAUGCACAAAUAAUUCGUACACAGCGGACACACGUGUUGCUCUGCUUCUGUAUGUGUUAUAUCAAUAAUAUGUAAUUUUAAAGGACAUUUUAAAACUGCAGUUUCCUUUAUUACAAACUAUAGGAAAGUUUGACUAUGACAUUCUCCACUAUUCCCAAGUCCCUACAUCAUGUACUAACUAACUAACAUGCAAGUUAACUAAGUUAACUUACCUUGCACUCGCUGUGUAGUGAGGGUGGUGUUCAUGGAGAUGGAAGUGUUACCUGUGCCGUGCAGGUGCCUUCCACCAUGUUUUCAGAGCAAACUGCGUGUGCUCACCGGCGUCUGAGGGAGUUGAGUGCUGCUGCCGGCCGUAUCACCGUGAAUUAUUAUAUACUAACGUCAAGGAUUGUACCGCGGUUUGUCAUGAAAAUAAAUAAAAUAAAAAAAAAAUACACACACACACAUAUAUAUAUAUAUGAAAACUAAGCUAUAUAUAUGGUUAAUAAACACAAAGAACCGCAAGAAAGAAGGAAAAAUAUAUUUCUGUUCUAAGGUGAAUCAAGCAUCUCUGGAAUUUCAAAGCUAACAUACAUGCUAAAAUCAAAUGUACCUUUAAGUUUAACCAAAAAAAAACCACCUUGGAUAUCAUAAUGUAGAGGGAACAAACUUGUCCCAUAUGCAAGAUUUGCAAAAAAGCCCAUGGCUAAAGAUGGCAACACCAUAAAUUUAUUCCACCACCUGAAGUACAACCACAAGCCAGGGUAAGACAACAUCCAGCUAAUAAGUCAGCAGAAAGCAGUCCCAUCCUCUGGUCAUCCUCAGACGUCCCUGAUUUCUGGGGACAGUCCUCGUUUGGUGCUGACCCAACCAAAACGUACUGUGAAGGAAUCACACCUUGGGGGCCAUAAUUAGGCGGCUUGUGGCCCGGGGCCUGCCUAUUGAAGGCACACAUGCACACAUGGUAGAGAUGGCUGACAUGAUGGCCUCUUUCUGUCCAUGUUGCACUAACCUCGUUUUUCCACUUAUGUUGUUUGACGUUUAUUAUCAGAGGUAGCAUAUUCAUAUUUCUGAUCAAUAGGGAUGUGGCCCAUCUAUUGUAUCUAUGGCAGUAUUAUGGCAGUUGCAGUUAUAGUUCUGAUUGAAAAGGGAUAUGAUACAAAAAUAUUCUGGCAAACCAGACAACUUCUUAGUUUUUAAUUCCGUGCUUUCAUUUAAACUUUGAUUACUAAAGAACAAUACUACUUAAAGUAAUUCUGACUAUUGUGAUAGAAACUUAAGAAACUUGGCUUUCAAAAGAGACCAAGAGAUGAGCUCCAAAAUGUUCAUGAAUAGCUCUCAUUUUACUUUGGGUAUGUCCUAAAUAGGUGUUUUUUGUAAAAAGGCUGAAAUGAUAAGAGGUUAAUAGCUUACUGGUUAAACUUUCACAUAAUCAUCGAACUUCAUCUUCACUAUAUUAGGUGUAGUGUGACAAACAUAUCAUUUAGAAAUUCUGAACAAGUUCAUAUGAUGGAAGACCUGUUUAUUUUUAUCUCUCUAUCUCUUGUUUGACUCUGCAUGGAAAUAUUUAUUCUAUUUAUAUUGUUACAGUACAGCACUUGACCCAAGCAUGAAACUGGCCUAGAAUAUACAAUAUGUUUUAACCUUUUUUUCAUUUCUGAAAACUUCAUUAUAGAAGGUUUCAUAGUGACAUUUUCUGUUUUCCCAAAAAAGUUUUCUAAUCUCCAAUAUGCACCACACUUGCUACACUGCAUCCUGGAGAAUGCAACAGCUCUUUGAACAAAUCUGUCAGCAAAUGAAUCACAUAAUUCCUGUACUAGUGGAAUGUUUGAAUCUUUCAAGUUCUCUAAUGAAUGUACAAGUACUACAAAUCUCAACUUUAAACUACUUUAAGUUUAUUCGUUGCUGCUAGUUGCUGUAUUGUUUUUUUGCAACUUUUGCCUUUUAUGAAAAACUUUAUAUAUGCACAUAUAUACACGUACAUAUUGAAAUUUGGUAAACCUCAAACAUUUGUGAGUGAGGUUGUGGGGCCUAGAAGCAAGUUGGCAGUCAUAUGCAUAAUUUUAACUAUAAUCAGUUGUUAUUAAAAUGCCUUGUUAACUCAACAUUCUUGUAAAUCUCUGUCAGGAGAGAGAGAGAAAAAAAACUUAUUUCUAAGGACACACCCCAGUAUGAUGGGAUGCAGGGUUUUUAAGCCUUUUCCUCUUGGCAAUGGUGCAUUGUUUUGCAUACGAACUUGGUCUUGGGAUUCUGUUCCAAGUAUCAUUGUUAUGUUUUGAAUUAGUGUGCUUCACAAAAGUGAAACAAAGCAUUGUGGGGGUGGAGUUAUGAGAUGACAGUGAUUUCCCCUCAGCUUGGAUUGGUGGGUAGCCAUGCUCAACAUACUGCAGCUUUGACAAAUAAAGUAAUGAAGCUUCCCCUGGGAUGAAGUGGCUCCAGUAGGAGCACCCUAUGUACUCUCCCACCACUGUUUAUGACACACUCUUGCUUUCGAUUGGCUCUUCUCUGUCAGUUUGACCCUCCACUGCCCUCUCCUCUCAGCAAAACCAUUGCUUACUUCUUUCUUUUGAGGCAUUCCUUAGAGGCCGAGUCAUUUUGGGAAUCUCUUUAGAUUUUAAAAGUGUGGGCUAAAAAUGCAGGUUUACUUCAGAUGAAGCCUCAGAAGUUGAGUUACUGAAAGAUUAACUAACUGUAACUUUUGACACAGUCCGUAAUAUUGCAGCCAUAGAAUGUCUUGCAUAGGCGGUGAGAAGGUAGAUUGUAUGGCCCUAGGUUAAGCACCUGCAAGACUUAAAGAAACAAAAUGGUCCCACCUCAUACGGUAGGGCUGGGUGCUAUGACCAAAAAUCUAUAUCAUGGUAUUUUUCAAAAUUCUGACGGUAUCAUGGUAUUUUUUGUCAUGAACAAUUACAAGUUCACAACAUGUUCUAAGAUGAAAUACAGGGACAUUUACAGCUUUGAGAUAAAAAACAAACAAAAAAAAAAGAAAAAGAAUUAAAUGUUAUCAAGAUGAACUAAAGAAACAAAGACAAUUAUGUUUUCAUUUUAGCAUAUUUAUUCAUAUUUAAACCAGGGCUCUCAAGUUUUGAAUUUAGUUUGGAGUGAGUUGAGUUUUUACUGGAUGUGGGAGGAGGCUGUUUAAAGACAACCAACCAUAAUAAUAAUAAUAAUAAUAAUAAUAAUAAAUUAAGUGAUGACGUGAUUACCAGAUUCUUGAGUGCACAUUUUCACGCAUGUCUGUAAUGUCAAUAGCAACGCGACUGGCUACUGUAAUAACUAUCGCUGUAGUCUGUGCGCAGCGUUUGAUUUUUCUCAUUCACAAAACUUGUAGUCACCCUAAAAAACCCACAGAACUAGCAGGGUACCUUUUUUGGAACAAGUUCUUCCGUGUCUCCAUGGUCUUCUUGUUCUACCGCAAAAUAUACUUCUUCACCACCAGACCGAUCUCUGAAGGGCAGAGAUUUUUGUUAAUUUUUUUUUUUUUUUUUAAAUCAAACUAAUCAAAUGUGUUGUUACACGAUCGUUUAUGGAAUGAUCUUUUGUGUUGAAUUCUGCUGUCGAUACCAUUGGGCGAUACCCACAACAUGCAGGGAACAUGAAAUUUUCUGAUAAUACUGGCACUACACAAAUAAAACACAACACAAUUGUGGUCAAACACAAUGCCAGUCUGAAACAUAAAAUAUGCAGGGUCAUGUGCUCUGAAAGUGCAGCUUCACUUCCAGUUGCAUUUAGAAGACAACAGGUGCUACGUGCUUUUGAAACAUAAGAGACAAUUAUUGUCUCCUGUGUUUAGUUUGUGUCAAAACGGUUGCACAAUAAAACAUGAAUUUAAAACAUUAUAGUUUCUGAAUUUAUUAUCAAAGUAGUUAUCAGUAAUAAAGUGAAAAUCAGAGGAAAUGUGAAUAUUUACUUUGCAAAUCGAUUUACUGUGUGCCCACUAAAUUUUCUGCUUGCGCCCCUAAACUUUUAAGGUGAGGGUCACUGUGCCCCUAGUAAAAAAAAUUUAGACUGGAGCUCUGUCUAUUCAUCAUUUAACCUUAAGUCUGGGCCAAAUGUUGGUGUUUCUUUCAGUUUGUUUCCUCAUUGUCCCUUUUCCUGUUGACUAUUUUCCUCAGUCUUAAGAAGACUGUUAAAGCUUUUAUCGCUGAUUUAUGGAUAUUUACUUUGCAGUAUGUUAGAAACAUUUGCCCUUUGUGUGAAUGUUAUUUGUUAACUUGGACAUUUAUUAGUGUUGACUCCAGCAAGAGUUUUGGCCCAGUGUUGCUCAUGAGCUUGAAACGGACAGCAAAUUGUCACAUGACUUUUGUUGGUUUGAGAAUAAUGAAAAUUAGAUCAAGAAAUACCUUUAUAUUUAUAAAACUCACCUCUAUUGUUGGUCUAUGUUGUAGCACCUCCUUCUAUUUUUACGUCUUUGCAUUUGUUAAAGUUUUGACACAAACGGGGAGGGAGUGAAGACAGACGGGCAGGGAUGAGAGUGUCAAGUUUGUGAUGAGUCACGUGUUUGUGUAUUGGUUGUAGUUUGGUUGCCUCAGCCCCUGGAAACAAAGCAGAGAUAGCUGACCUGCUUGAACUUCCAGGCGACAUAUUCCCAGAGGCCUGAAUGACUGAUUGUAGGCUCAUCCACUGACUUGCCCUCCUGUCUCUCCCCAUCAAAUGCGACUGCUCUGUCUCUCCAUAACAUCUGCUAAAUGACAUCACUACUAAUCUUUUCUGGUUUAAUUAACAGGGAGAGCUGUACUUUUGUUAGAGGGCCCAGGUUAUACUCGUGGAGCUAUUACUGGUUUUCCACUAAUUUGAUAAUUUUGCCAGCAUCAAUACAAACUUCAAACUUUAUUUAUAUAGCAUUUUUCAUACUAAGAAGCAUCCCAAAGUGCUUUACAUAAAUAAAAACAUAAUUACAACAAGAAACAAAAUCAAGAAAACACCAUCACAUAUGUACACAUAGACACAUAACAAACCCGCUCACACAUACACACACGCACAGAGACUGCACAUACACAGGCACACGCAUGUCCACACUCACACCUAUACACACACUAAACAUUGUCAGCAAGACAUGGGAGGACACCGAGGCUUGAGGCAAGGAAUAUGCUACCUUAUGGUGUGUGUGUGGGGGAGGGGGUUAUAAAAGUAGGUAAAUGAAACAUGUAAAAGUAAGCCACAUAAAACCCAAAUAAGAUCCUAAAAAUCCAAAGUGAUAAAAAAAGACUCUUUUUAAAAGUACCAACAGUCUCUGCGGCCCUGAGGUUCUCCAGUAGGCUGUUCCACAGUCGGGGGUCAUAAUAACUGAAUGCUGCCUCCCCGUGUGUCUUAGAUUUAACUUGUGGUAAUGUUAAAAGGCCACUGCCAGAAGACCUCAGGGUUUUUGAGGUGUGAUACAGUAAAAGUAGGUCAGACAAAUACGAAGGCCGAAGACUGUUAAGACAUUUAAAAACUACUAAAAGAACCUUAAAAUUAUUCCUGAAGCACACAGGGAGCCAAUGCAGCAAUUUUAAAACUGGUGUAAUGUGUUGCCGCUCUCUGGUCCUCGUCAGCACACGAGCAGCUGAAUUUUGUAAAAGUUGUAAAUUGUAAAUGCUCUUUUUAGGAAGACCAGAGAGCAGAGCAUUACAAUAAUCCAGACGACAGGAGAUAAAAACAUGCAUCAGCACCUCCGUGCUAGACUGAGACAGAAACGGGCAGACUCUGGCUAUAUUCUUAAGAUAGUAAAAACCUAUCUUUGUAAUAUUUUUGAUAUGUGGAAUAAAACUAAGCUCAGAGUCAAAAAUCACACCGAGAUUUUUUACAGAUUGUGAUAUCUUAAAAUCCUGUCAUUUUGGUAAAAGUUUCUGUCUCUGGUGUUCAGGACCAAUGACUGAAACCUCAGUUUUGUCCUGUUUGAGCUGUAGGAAAUUCUCUGCCAUCCAUGACUUAAUAUCUAAAAUACAGUCUAAAAGGGCAUCAGUAGGCCCUGUGUCAUCAGGUGACAUGGCCUGAUGGAAGUAGUUAUGCCCCAGGGGAAGCAUGUAUGAGUUAAAGAGAGUUGGGCCAAGAAUUGACCCCUUUGGGAACCCCACACUCAAUCCCAUGGGUUACUGAUUAACAGGUAUCCAGACUUACAAAGAAGCUUCUAUCAGAGAGGUAUGAGAUGAACCAGUUAAGAGCAGUGCCAGAGAGGCCGACCAGGUGCCUCAGUCUGUUUGUUAAGAUACGAUGGUCUACUGUAUUGAAGGCGGCGGUUAGAUCCAGCAGAACCAAGACUGUGCGUUUAUGGUUAUCUAAAUUACACCUGAUGUCAUUUAAAAUCUUUAAAGGGCUGUCUCUGUACUGUGGUUCAUCCUAAAACCAGAUUGAUGCUUCUCUAAGACGUUGCUUUUACUCAACAAAUCAUUUACCUGAAUAAAAACUUUUUUUUUUCUAAAAUGUUGCUUAAAAUGGUAAGUUGGAUACUGGCCGACAAUUAUUAAAAUUGUUUGGGUCCAAAUUGCUCUUCUUCUUAAAGGAGGCGGGGAAAACACCUGUCUGAAGGGAGCAAUUCACCAUAUAUAGCAGCUUUUCCUCAAAGAGUCCAUAAAAUGUUUUAAAAAAAACUUGGGUCUAAAAUUUGGGUUUAAAAGGCAGGUUGGGUACUUGGGAGAAAACUCAACCAAGUGCCCUUGCAUCAACCAGGGCAAAACUCUCCAGUGUUUUCUUGUGUAAAAUCAAUGACUCAGGUGCGUCAACAGUUAAAAUCUGUUGAGGUAAAAAACUCGACCUAAUUGAUUUUACUUCUGAAGUGAUCUGCAAAGUCCUCACAAAGGUCAUUAUUAGAUAUUUUGGAGGAUCUGUUAAAAUUUGUGUUUGUUAUAUGGUCUAUUCUGAAGAAGAGGAAUUUGGGGUUUUUGUGGUCUGUAAUUAAUUUAUGGAAGUGGGAAUUUCUUGCCUGUUUUCUGCAUCUCCUCUCAGCACUCCUGCAGUGUCAUUCCAAAUGUUUAAUUUCUCCGUUUCGCCACAGUGGUGCAGGUCUUAUUUUUAAAGUUCUUCACCAGUGGAGCCACUGAGUCUAGCAGUAACUUCAGUUCAGACACAGCCAGAUCCACUACGGAGGACACACCCACGGACAGGCCAUAGGAUAUGACCUGGUCCAGGGUGUGCUCCCUGCCGUGGGUCGGCUGUGUCUGAGUAAAAUCAAGGCAAUGUAAAAUGUUUAAAAGUUCUCUGGACAUAGAGUCCGAAGAGAAAUUAAAGUUAUUAAAAUUCUGUUAAAUGAUGUGUGGAUGACUGAUAACAGAUCGCUUUAUUUUCUUUCUCUGAAGCCAGUUGAGUUUCCUUGGCUCUUUGUUUGGGAUCAUUGUCUUGCUGAAAUGUCCACCCUCGUUUCAUCUUCCUCAUUCUGGUAGAUGCAAGCACAUUUUUCUGAAAGAAUAUCUCGGUACAUUUUUCCAUUCAUCCUCCUUUAAAUUAUAUGAAGGUGUCCUCCAAACAUGGUGUGUGUUAUGGCAUUCAAAGAGCUCAAUUUUGCUCUCAUCUGACUAGACUAUGUUCUCCCAGUA